CGGAUCGAUGCUGCUGUCUGUGGGGAACUCUGAUGAAAUCGUGAUUAGGAGAUGGUUUUCUUUCAAUCUCCAUGUGAGCCUCCUCUCUCUGCUCUAUAGCUUGCAGUGGUGUUGUCCAAUCCUCUCCUGAGAGGGACAAGGCAAAAAAGGUUGCAUUGUCGACCAUUACCUGCUCGUGACAGUGAACGACUUUCCACCUUGACUGUGGAUUUGAUUUCUAUCAUCCACGAGUGUACGAGUCUUCUUUCUCAACUUCACCUGACCUUCAUAUCAAGGAACUUGGAAAGUGACUCGAAGUCCGAUCUCCGUGAGCAGAGGACAAAGGUCUGUGCACUAAGAUCAGCCCCCAAACAAAAAUAAAUUACCCUGAAGGAAUGGAUAGCGCGUUGACAAGAGAUCGGCUCUAUAAGUGGCAAUCGAAUUGCAGAUCUGCGGCGAGGGGUGAGCAAGAGCAUCUUGAUCGACGGAUAAGAGUUCGACGAUUGUUCGAUAUGAAGUCCCUUAAAGAGAUAGAAACUCACGAUGAUCUGUGGAGAUGUAUGAAGGGAAGGCCAGGUUGGACUCGGCAAGAGAUAGAGGAAGGUCGAGUGGACUACCUCCUCAUUUCUUCCAGCAGGAAAUGUUGGGCCAGAGCGAGUCUUCCAUCUCAUCUGCUUUCGGCUUCGCCAGAGGUUUUGCAGAAUUUCGUGUCCGUUGUUAAUAAGUUUGAACAUGCCGAAAUCUUCGCUGUUUGGGAGACUUUCAAGAAAAGGCCAUUAUCUCCUGAGAGUAACACAGAACAGACUCAUCAUGACGGAGGCGGAAGCUCUACAGAAAUAACGACAAGCCGAUUAUAUGAUCUUCGACUCUCCACCAAUUCUCCACCAGGCCAGGUGCCCAAAACGUUGUACAGCUGUUAAAGUUGGGCCAAUAAAUACAUUCAUCCGCGUUCGAAAUCCCCAACUUCGUACUUGAAGCAAUUCUCUCAGAUAUAGGAGAAUCAAAGCCGCUUGUGAUUGCUAUUAUUCGAGUGCAUUUUUAAGUGGGGCAGUAAAGAAACGGCCAUGUGUACCAUAGUUAUCA